AUGUCAACUACCGCCACAACUCCAGUUCCUUCUGAGAAUGGCUCACUGCGCCAUGACAAGAUUCUAGAUGUUGAACAGCCAGCUGUCGACGAAGCCGGCGAAAAAGCCGCUGGAUCAGCACCCGAGCCCAUCAGUCCAUUCCACCCAAGCCAGUUCCCAGACGGGGGUAAAGAUGCAUGGCUCUGCCUUUUGGGUUCAGCAUGUUGCCUCUUCUGCAGCUUCGGCUGGCUCAACUGCGUUGGUGUCUUCCAGAGUUACUACUCGCAGAACCAACUGCAAGAUUAUAGUGCUUCUCAAAUUGCAUGGAUAGCAUCACUUGAGAUUUUUAUGAUGUUCCUUCCUGGCCCACUCGUCGGGUUUUUCUACGACAAUGUCGGGCCUAAGCCCCUCUUGUUGGUCGGCGGCUUCUUCCACGUCUUUGGUCUCAUGAUGACAAGUUUGUGUACAGAAUACUAUCAAUUCAUUCUUGCACAGGGUAUCUGCAGUCCCCUUGGUCUCAACUGUAUUUUCAAUGCUGGACUGAACACUAUUCCUACCUGGUUCCUGAAAAAACGAGGACUGGCCUUCGGGAUCAUGGCUGCCGGCAGUGGUUUGGGUGGAAUCAUCUUCCCCAUCAUGGCAUCGCAUCUCAUACCAUCUAUUGGAUUCGGUUGGACCAUGAGAACCUUCGGUUUCGUCAUCUUAGGACUUUUGGUAAUUGCUUGUGCCACAGUCAAAUCACGCCUUUCGCCUCGGCCCCGUAAAUGGCAACUGGCUGUUUUCAUCGAGCCAUUCCAGGAUACUCGCUACACACUCACCGUCAUCUCAGCCUUCGUCUUUUUCUUUGGGCUGUUCAUUCCUAUCAACUAUAUUGAGAUUCAAGCGCUUUCGAGUGGCAUGUCUCAGCGAUUGGCUGGUUAUCUUUUGUCUAUCCUCAAUGCAGCAAGUAUCUUUGGGCGCGUCAUUCCUGGUGCUUUGGCUGAUAAAUUCGGCCCCUAUAAUUUCCAGAGUAUCAUGGCCUAUGUCUCGGCAAUCAUCGUGCUUGUGCUGGGUCUCACAGCCUCUAACAAUGCUGCUUUCAUUGUGUACGCAGUCUUGUACGGCUUUUCACAGGGCGCCUACGUCUCUCUUCUUCCUGCACAAAUUUCCAGUAUUUCAAAGGUGGAGCAGAUCGGCAUUCGUACUGGCGUCCUAUUUUCGAUCACCAGCUUCGCAGGGUUAGCAAGUAAUCCUAUUGCCGGCGCUCUAUUAGGGGGCAGUAGCCAUGGAAACGCAGCUGGUUACGAUAAGUUGAGUAUUUUCUCAGGUUGCAUGUUGAUGGGUGGUGCAGUCUUGUUCACUGUUGCGAGAACAUAUAUAGCUCGUUGGAAACUAUUUACAAGGGUAUAG